AUGUGGGGUCAUGGUGUUUCCAACACAAACUACAAUUCGAAACUGUUUAUCAAUGUUGAGUUUCCAGCUGUCAGGAAUUUCUUUGCGAGGGUGAACAAAUUGGAUCCUGUUGACGGACAAGGCAUAAUGCUGCUGGUCUGUGAUCAACUUGUUUCAGUUGAGGAAGAUUUUUUGCGUCUGUCAGUCUACAAAACAAUUGCCAAGAUAAAGGAGCAUAAUCAGGAUGCUGUAUUUGUUACAGCCGGGACGAUUAAAGAAGUUAAGACCGAGUUUGGUUGGUGGUACAGCAUCCACAUAAGGGUGAUAGACCACACCGAUGCUGCCUCUUUUGUUUUGUUCGAUAGAGAAGCUGCAAAGUUUCUUGGAGUUUCUGCUAAUGACCUUAGGCAGUCUUGUGUGACUAAGGGUGUUGAGAAAAAUUUCUGUCCUGAAGAGAUUAAUAAGCUUAGGAAUACUAAGUUCAUCUUCAAAGUUAUUGCAAAAACAGAUCAACCAGAUUUUGAUGAUGCUUGUGAGAGUGAGCUAACUCUAUCACCUGCAGUUGAUGAGAAAUAUAAUUCUAAAAUUCUCGGAGCUAAGAAACAUACUGAAGAGGUUGGAGAGGAGUCAAUUUCAUCCAAAUCCAAGAAAGGGAAGUGGGUUGUGAUGGAGGACUAA